AGUCGUCACUGAUUAAAUUUAGCGAACUCGUAGAAACCCAGUCACAAAUUUGACCACUUUCCCUCCUCUCUUUCUUCACUCAAUCGUUUCCCUCCGUAGUCUCUCUCUCUCUCUCUCUCUCUCUCUGUGCGUGUGGGAAGCGGCGGUCGCGAAGCCCUUGGACUUGGAGCAUGGCUGCUGAGAAAGAGCUGCUCCGUUCGUACGAGCUCCGUCUCCUGCGCUGCACUUUACCACCCGAUAAUUCGACUCCUGUGGCAUCUCCCUCGCCUCUUUCUUCUGCCGAUGCCACCCGCCGUCUCCACUCCCUGAUCGACGACAUAGUCUCUUCCAUCGAGGCUGGACGCUAUGUUCAAGCUCUGUCCUCUGACUCCGCCCGAGCCGCCUUCAAAUUCAUCGACUCACUGGAGCCCUUCCAUGAUUCCGUCGAGUGUGCCGACCGAUUAUAUUCCGAUUUACUUUCCGCCGUCGACUCCUUCUUGAUGGACGGCGCCGACGAUGACACAGACAGGUUGCGCAGGGCCGUUCUUCUCAUGUCUGUGGCUACAGCAGCCUUUCUUGCUUUCACUCAAUCCAAUGUCACUGGGCCAAAGGAGGAAUUGCCCCUGUUUCCUCUUGGUUUCACCGAUAAAUCUGCGGUUGGAUGUGGAGCGAACUGGGAAGUGUGGGCACAUAAUCGGCUAAUGUUAGUUGGUUCUGAUUUGUUCGGGAAGUUUUCUAAUAUUCAGUAUAUGGUUUUUGCAAGGAUGUUGCUUAUGAGGAUUAAAGAUUUUUUAUUUAAAGAGCAUCUUGAAGAGAUGGGUAGUAUUAGAAGCAUUUCAUGGUGGUUGGCCAGGAUCCUACUGCUUCACCAAAGAAUGUUGGAUGAGCGGUCAUCUUCUCUUUUUGAUCUACUACAAGUGUUUAUUGGUCAAGCUUUAAAUCACUUUGGCACUAUAGAAAAUGUCACAAGUUAUUGGGGUGCCAUGUUACACGAGGAAGAAGCAUUUAGUAUUUUGUCGAUGCUUCAUGUGGAAGCAGGAAUAAUAGAAAACACAUAUGGGAGAGUCGAUGCUUGCAGGGUACAUCUUGAAUCAGCUGAAGUGGCAUCUGGGCUUCAACUUUCUGUAGCUGGGGCUCUUGGCUUUCGCACUGUACAUCAGGCAGAGCCAAAGGCACAGCUUGUACUUGUUGCCAACAAAAUCACGUCAUAUGAUGCUGAUACCCGCUCCACUAUGCCCCUUGAGCACCUAAGCAAUGUCUAUAGUAUCGAUGUAGAUAAUAAGUGUGUAAGUCGACAUGAAACUGUUGAAGCUUCUGACAUAUUGAUGAUCCCAAGACUAUUAGAGAGUGAUAGUGAUUCUGGAAUUGGAGCCAACGGCAAUCAAAAUGGUGGUACUGCUAUUGGGCCUUUGAAGGGAAUCCAGCAGUUAGUUAUCCUAGCUCGAUGCCUUUUAAUUGAAAAGAGCACUCGACACGAUGAAAUGCAAAGAUGGGAAAUGGCUCCAUACAUUGAGGCAAUUGAUUCUCAGCAGUCAUCGUAUUUUAUUAUUCAGUGCUUCUGUAGUAUCUUGCGUAUUCGAUGGGAGUCAACUCGUAGCUGCACAAAAGAGCGUGCUUUGCUGAUGAUGGAUAAACUGGUACACAAUGUGUAUGAAUCUUCACCUGGAGUGGGCAAAAGAAUUUAUUUCUGUUUUGCUGUUUACAUCCCCACCAUUCCUGCACUGCAGAAAGAAUAUGGUGAACUCUUAGUGAGUUGUGGCUUGAUAGGGGAGGCAGUUAAGAUUUUUGAGGGUUUAGAGUUGUGGGAUAAUCUAAUAUUUUGCUACAGUUUAUUGGAGAAGAAAGCUGCUGCUGUCGAACUCAUCAAGAAACGGCUGGCUGAAAUGCCCAGGGAUGCAAGGUUAUGGUCUUUGCUGGGUGAUGUAACGAAUAAUGAUGCUUACCAUGAAAAAGCUCUUGAAGUUUCAAACAAUAGAUAUGCUCGAGCCAAGCGAUCUCUUGCACGUAGCGCAUACAACAGGGGGGAUUAUGAUAAGUCUAAGAUUCUAUGGGAGUCUGCCAUGGCCUUAAAUUCAUUAUAUCCAGAUGGCUGGUUUGCUCUUGGUGCUGCUGCAUUGAAGGCUAGGGAUGUCGAAAAGGCACUGGAUGGAUUUACCCGUGCUGUUCAACUUGAUCCUGAAAAUGGAGAAGCUUGGAAUAAUAUCGCUUGCCUGCACAUGAUUAAGAAGAGAAGUAAGGAGGCUUUCAUUGCAUUUAAGGAAGCACUGAAGUUCAAACGAAAUAGCUGGCAGUUGUGGGAAAAUUACAGCCAUGUUGCUGUGGAUACAGGCCAUUUUGGUCAGGCAUUGGAAGCUAUACAGAUGGUUUUGGAUAUGACUGGCAGUAAAAGAACUGAUGUUGAUCUGUUAGAUAGGUUGAUGCUUGAGAUGGAAAGGAAGACUACAGCUGUGCAUGCUGCAUGUUUGACGUCUAGUGAAAAUAAUUGUGCCAAUCUAGAUUCUGCUAACUCUUAUUGUGAUGAAAAAACUGAAUCAACAUCUUCAGUAUCUGAAGUAGCAAGAUCGCGAGAAACUGAGCACUUUGUGGAGUUGCUUGGAAAAAUCCUACAGCAGAUAGUUCGAAGUGGUGGAGGAGCAGAAAUAUGGGGAUUAUAUGCAAGGUGGCAUAAAAUUCAAGGAGAUCUUACAAUGUGCUCCGAGGCUCUCUUAAAACAAGUUAGAUCAUACCAGGGUUCUGACUUAUGGAAGGAUAGAGAACGAUUCCGAAAAUUUGCAAGUGCCUCCUUGAAACUUUGCAAGGUGUACAUGGAGAUUUCAUCCUCCAUGAACAGUCGUCGAGAACUCUUUGCAGCUGAGAUGCACCUGAAGAACAUAUUUAAACAGGCUGGUAGCUUUUCAGAGAUGCAGGAAUUCAAGGAUCUUCAAGCUUGCUUUGACGAAGUGAGGAAUAAACUUCAACAAAAUAGUAAUUCAGUUCAUACCAUAGACCAAGUUAUGUGAGCAUGAAUCUCUUUUAACAACGAAGGUUGUACAGUGUGUUAUGAUUGAGGUGCUAGUAUGUGAAGGGGGGACAAGAUACAUCAAUUCAACCAAUGUCUUAACACGGGUAGGCUUAGUUGGAAUGCUACCGUUGUGCCAUGCAAGGGGGCAUUCAUGCUUUUGCACAUGCUGUGGCACACAUGCAUGAGCUAUUUUCAUUAGCAAAGACUGACAAAUCUACCGAGAUCAAGUGCUCAAUAGUCAAUCAUGGCCUUUGAUUUCAGUGGAAAACUAAGAUUGAUUAUUGGUUUAGUACCUUGCAAUCAUUUUCUUGCGAGUAACAAUUUCUCUUCCACAGAAGCAUGUGUCAUGUCCUGGAGCUUUGAGUAAGGUACAAGAAUGAGAAAAGGCUGAUAUAAGAAUGACUCUGUUAUGUCCUAGAGCUUUGGCGAGGAAAAUGAGAAAUGUGUUUUUGGCAAUCCUCAGCGGCUUCUGGUGAAGUGUCUGUUGGAACAAAUAGCUGGUUCUUAUUAUACUUCUUCACAAGCUAGUACUUAGGCAUCCAGUCCUUGGUUCCACUCUUCUUGAUAAAGACCUUUGUAAAAUAUCACCUACUUGAAUAACCAUCUAUUUUAGACGAUCUUGACACUGCACCUCGGGAAUGCGAAGAAGGAAACCAGUCCAACAGGAACACGUGAAGGCUUUGGUUUUCUUUUGCCAUAACCAUAUGAGGUUGCUCUUAUAUUUUUGAAACUGUAUUUUAAUGAAGUUAGAUUAUUCACAACUGUUUCUGAAUUCAAGUUGUGGAGAGGGACUGCCAUGGGAGAAGAUGAAAUUGUCAUAAUUAUAAUCACAAUUUUUCCCUAGAAAAUUACUUUGUACCACUAGAAGUUACAAACUCACGAAGCAAAGCAGGGAAAUGACAAUUUUCUGAAAAAUAAAGUUCUUGAGAAUCAUAUAUUCGUUGAAGGAGUCUGCACCAAAGGACACUGGUUGUGCGUGUAAAGCAUGUUCACAAUGUCAACUCUUUAUUGCAUCAUCUCUAAGUUAUUUUUUAAUUGUAUUUUCAGACAAUUUGUCUCUAGUCCAACUUAUUUGCGUGCUUUAUAUUUGAUGUUUAUCUGAA